AUGCGCAUCGCGUCGAUCGCCCUCAAGCACCCUUCACGGCUGAUCACCAAUGAUGGGAUCGUCGCGUUGCUGGAAGAGUGCAGCAACGGCGUCGAGCCGCGGGUGCUGCGCAAGUACCAGCGGCUGGUGCGCGGGCUGCUGAAACGCACCGGCUCGGUCACGCGCUACGUGCGGGAUGAGCAGCACGGUGAACGCGCCAGCGACCUGGUCGAGCAAGCGAUGCUGCAGGCGCUGGAGCAGGCGUCGGUGGCGCCGGCGGACAUCGAUCUGCUGAUCUACUGCGGGGUGGGCAAGGGGUUCCUGGAACCCGCGAACGCCUACUUCUACGCGCGUGCCGUCGGCCUGACCUGCUCGUGCUUCGACAUAGCCGACGCCUGCAUGAGCUGA